CUGUGUCAGUGUUUGUCAAGAGAACAGAGGAACAUGGCUUCAUCCUUUCUGAGCUUCUCCCUCCUCUUCAUCACUGUCUACACAGCAGAUGGAUUUAUGCAUUAUGAUGCGGCACACUGUCAGUUUAACUCCACUGAGCUGAAGGACAUCAGGUUCAUCAGGUCUUGGUAUUAUAACAGGUUGGCGUACACCAGGUUUGACAGCAGUGUGGGGAAGUUUGUUGGAUUCACUGAGUACGGAGUGAUGAACGCAGAGUACUGGAACAACGAUACUUCAAUCCUGGCUCAGAUGAAUGUUGCGAGGGAGACAUACUGCCAACACAACAUUGGGAUCUGGUACAACAAUGUUCUGACUAAAUCAGUGAAGCCGUAUGUGCGGCUGCACUCUGAGACUCUCUCUGCUGGUAAUCAUCCCUCCAUGUUGGUCUGCAGCGUCUACAGCUUCUACCCCAAACAGAUCAUAGUGAAAUGGCUCAGAGACGGACAGGAAGUCACCUCUGAUGUCACUUCCACUGACGAGAUGGCAAACGCUGAUUGGUACUACCAGAUCCACUCCCACCUGGAGUACACGCCCAGGUCUGGAGAGAAGAUCUCCUGUAAGGUGGAACACGCCAGCCUGAGUGAGCCUCUGUACACUGACUGGGAUCCGCCCCUGCCUGAGUCACAGACAAACAAUAUCGCCAUUGGAGCGUCAGGACUGACCCUGGGUCUGAUCUUUCCUCUCGCUGGAUUCAUCUACUACAAGAGGAAGUCCAGAGGACAAAUUCCGAUCCCCUCUAGAUUCUUGUCCUGAUCCUGGUCCUGGUCCUGGUCCUUCCUGGUCCUUCUUGGUCCUG